AUGGUGCCAAAAUUGCCUCUGCUUUUAGGCUCGACUGCCUCCAACAACAACAGUGUGAGGGUUCGAGAUGCCUCCUACGGCCGCGCCACCACCAGGCAGGCAGAUGCAUAUUUGAUAACCUACAAUCAUGGUUAUGGGCGUGAGAGAGGGGCUGGUGGCGCGGGCGGUGGUCAGGCCCGAGAGCGGCGCCCGUGUCCCCUCUCGCGCCCCGAGUCCCGCCAUAAACGCCGAUUAUCUACCUCCGCCCACGGUUGCACCCACGGCGGCGAUCCCGCGCCCACAGAUGGCUCUGGACGCGUCCUUGGCGUUGCAGGCCUAUGUCCCACGCGCAUGAUCCUGGCGCUGACUCAGCGUGGGCGGCCCGCCGUCCCUGCAUCGCGCGGGCCCUCCGUCGCCGCCUGUUCCCACGCCCGUCGCGGGCGCCUCUACGAGUCCCGCGAGGUGGCCGCCCUCGAGGUGCGGGCGCCGCCCAUGGACGUGCUCGCGCCCGCUGUCAAGGUGGCGAGCGCGGGGGUGACGCCGCCGCCGCCGCCGGCAUGGUGGACAGCAUGGGCGGCGCGGGCGUGCGCGAGGAGGACGAGCGGCGGCCAUCCGCAUCAAGCUGUGCGGCGAGUGCGGCGCCCGCCACGUCGCCGGCACCUGCCCGUUCUCGCGCCCCACCCACGUCCUGCCCGACACGUGCCCGCCGCCCGCGCACGCCCACCUGCACUCCGGCGGCCUCGAGGUGCAGCCGCAGCAGAACGGCGUGAUCGUGCGCCGCCGCACCGCGAGGCGCCGGUCAAACCUGUCGGGGGGAGCCGCGGGCGGCGGGGGCGGCGCGGGCGCGGGCGCGAGGAGGAGCGCGAGGAGGAGACCUGGCGCGACCCGCAGCGGCCGGGCUCGCCGGGAUGCUACGCCCGCGCCUCGCUGCGCCCCGGCCUGGCGCUCGAGCGCCGCGUGCUCCCGCCGCCGCAGGACAGCUCCGUCGACAGCGACAGCGACGUGGGCGUGGUGGGCGUGACGCAGGUGCCCGGGCGCCAGGUGGAGGUGGUGGUGGCGAGGGCGCCCAUCACGCGCUACACGCAGCUGGGCCCCGUGGUGGGCGCGCCCGUCAGGGAGAGGGACAUCCCCGACGACUUCUGCAUGGUCAACCUGUGGGAGGUGUUCAGCGGCGAAGGCAAACGCUACCUGAGUACAGUCGACCCACGGAGAAGUAACUGGACCAGGUACCUCAGACCAGCACCCGACAGGGAUUCUGCUAACUUGGUUGUGGUACCUCGGCCCAUGCUAGAACCAGGAGAAGAGACCUCAGGCGUGGGCGGCAAUGUGGGCGGCGUGGGCGUGUUCCUCAUCACGACCCAGGACGUGAGUGUGGGUCAGGAGCUGAUGUUUUGGGCGCAUGACCCGACCCUCGCCUGGUCACGCAAGAAGAUGGAAAAAACGAGUAAAUGUUUCAUCAAAAUACCCUAUGACGCUAGGGUGUCUAGGCGAGGCCGUACUCAUGGCGCCUGUGGCUCGGCGUGGCUGUUGCGGCGGCAAGGGAAAGCGUGCCCAGUGACAGGGUACCCCUCCAUUUAUGCAAGACAAACUACAUGGCACCGGAUAGUUCACCACCCUGCCAUGCAUUCCCCGGCAACAGCUCACAUCGGCGGCAAACUGGCUAGGCCGCCCACGCCGGUCGCCACAAAUUUGAGAAUCGGACGGGCGGCGCGAUGA